AUGUCUUCGAUAUGUUUCAUCUGCGAACUUCCUAUUUUAAGCCACCAGACGAAUGGUCUGUGGCCCCCUGCUUCACCCAGCGAGGAAGCUCUAGAAGAUGGACUGGCAAUAUCAGUUCCCAAAACAACAGUAGUCGGUUCGACUUACCACGAAGACUGCUUAGUCUGCAGUACUUGUGGGUUGAGAUUGUCAGGAUCCAACAUUCAAAGGGCAAGACGUUUCAAAGAUAGUAUAUAUUGCUCACUGCAUUAUGCAGAUGUAUCUGGACUUAGCAGCGGAGAUGAGUUUAUGCAAAAAUUGCGCGAUUACAAAAGGCAAAGCUUAGGCUGCGCUGAAGCCCGUAGGAAAAGUUCCACAACUUUGCAAUUUCCCGUUCCUGUGCAAGCCUGCCCCGGGACAGGAGCUUGUGAAGGCUUUCCACACACCAUUAAGUUAAUACCUGGGUACUGGAUAGAAUGUAGCGGAAGCAGUAAGACGAAUGAUAACAACACUUUAAGCGUUAAUUACUCAUCGCAAGAGUUGGAAAAGAAAUUUGAGCUAAUUUCCGUUGAAGAGGAAAUAUACGAAAAAUAUUUCUACGGAACGGAACAUUGGAACUAUUUCACCAACGACGAAGCUUUAGGUCCAGUCAUUUUAAGCAUUAAGCAGGAGAACGUGUACAACAGGGAUCAGUUUAGUUCCUGCGGUAAACUGGAAUCGGUGCCCGAAGCAGGGAAUGAUAGUCCUUCACCAAACGACAACAAUCAAUUUACCCACCACAGUGGACGACCCGAGCCAGAUCUGAGGGUUAUGUUGCGAACUGUGAGUUACUGCCUGCACGGCCUUGUGCCAGCGUCUUGCAUCUGUGCUGAUCGCUAUGAUCGAGAAGCUGUUGUCAAAGCACUCGGAGAUGAAGCUGGUCUGAAGCCAGGUUUAGUUUUAGGUCAAUUGUCUUCCACACCAGAUGAGCUUCUGAAAUUGGAUCAGGUAUUCAUCAAAACGGAGCUGAAAGUGGGUAUUAUUUUGGUUCGCGAAGGUCAGUGCACUGAGGAGCAAAUCCUCGAUAAUCGUACCCAUACACCUCUCUUUGACGAAUUCCUGUCCAUUUUAGGAGAAAACGUCCGACUCAAAGGCUUUGACAAAUAUAAAGGCGGCUUAGACUCUGUUCACGAUUUAACUGGCACAGAAUCCGUGUACACAGCUUGGAGAGGAAUCGAAAUUAUGUUCCAUGUCUCGACGAUGCUGCCACAUGAAGAGCAUGAUCCACAAAAGCUACAAAAAAAGAGGCACAUCGGAAAUGACAUCGUAUGUGUUGCAUUCCUAGAAGGUGAUGAAACUCUCUUCGCUCCAACAUGUAUAAAAUCCCAUUUCCUUCACACAUUCAUCGUUGUGCGCGCCAGUCCAACUGCGAAAUCCUCACCCACGGCAUAUGAGGUCUCCGUUGUAUCGAGAGACGAAGUCGGAGCCUACAAACCCUACUUGUGGCAUCGUUCAAAAUUUGUAAAAGAUUCAUUAUUUCGAGAGUGGCUUCUAACAAAAAUUGUUAAUGGCGAAAGAGCAAGCUACUCAGCUCCAAAAUUUGCGCGCAUGCAGGACCGGACAAGAAGUCAGAUGCUUGAAGACAUUGUUACGAAUUUGCAAAAUCAUGUUGAAACUGGUCAGAUUCCUAAACCUUACAGGCGAGGUUCUUGGCGUCCUAUUGGGCACAUGCGGCCAUCCAGUCCGUUAUUAGAUAGCGUCAGAGAUACGUUUGAAGGUUUCGAACAACUAGCCCGAGAUUUCGGGAGAGCUUUUCAAAACAACAGACAUUUGUGUGACGUCAUCUUUAACGUUGGCCAAGGUAAAGAAAAAACAAGAGUUUAUGCAGUGAGAGCUAUCUUAGGUGUUAGAAGCAGAGUUUUCCUAGAAAUGUUAUAUGGUUUCACAACUGGUUAUGGUCCAUGCAUUGUGGCAGGCACUGACCAACGGAAAGACAGCAUCUCGUUGUCCGUCAAGUCCAGCAACUUUUUACAGGUACCCGAUCCACACGAAUCCGUUCGAUCCAAGACUCCUUCGUCUAGUCCAACCGUCUUCCGUUAUUUCUCCCGCCUUGGAAACUGGGCUGGAUGGGGAAUGGGCAGCCGAUCGAAGAGCCCCCUUGGGGUGGAUGCCGGCCUCAAACGUUGGCAGAGUGAGUUUGAUUGUAAAGAAAAGGAUAAGGAACGGCGACAAUCAGUAGCAGCAACUGAAGUUUCUCUGAGUAUGUGUGCUGAUGCUGGUAAAGUUGAUCGAGCCAAACUAAGCCAAACAGAGUUCAAUAUUAUCGAAUUUGACAGUGAAACUUUUAUGAUCCUGAUGGAGUAUUUGCAAAGUGGGUCAUGUCCUCUAACAUGUGAAACCAUCCCCGGUCUCAUCUGCGCUGCUGAACACUACGACCUGCCAGAACUUUUACAAGCUUGUUUUCAUCAUGCCAAACAGCAUUUCCGAUUAUCUGUGGUUUGCUCAAUGUUAAAUAUGCUAGAAAAUUACUACUGGAGGUAUAAUUCAGCAUCGGAAUUAGUAAACGCUAUUCUGCAGUUUAUUGACACCAGAGCAGCACAGCUGUUCAACCGAAAAGAAUUUCUUGAUUUAUCCGAAUCAAUGUUUCAAAUGAUAUUAGGGAGAGAAUUAAACAUUUCUGAAGUAGCAAAAUUUCAAGUUAUGCUUCAAUGGGCGAACAAUAAAAUAGCCAUGUCGGCAAAAGUAGAUCCAAGAGAAUUACAUUGCACAAUGAAUAGGUUAACCAGAGAUUUGAAGCUGUAUAAAAUCCCUCCACAAGAAUUAAUCAAGGUGAUUUUACCUACAAAGACAAUCAGCAAUGAGCGCAUUUUAGAAACACUUUUAUACCAAGCAGAUUCGGGCAUGUACCGAAUUCAUCAAUCCUUCUUGGAAGAAUGCCGCGCCAACGCUGACGAUGUCAAUAGUGAAUAUGACAGCUGGGAUCUCCUGGAGACCAAAAUUAGUAACAAUCUUUAA